AUGCCACCGCCCGUGGGCAGAUACGGGCCAUCCGCCUUGAAUGCGCCAUUCGCCCACCUCCAGCAAGCCCAUCAGUUACAACAACAGCAGACACAACACCAUGCCGCUCACACACAAUCCGUCAACCCUGGACUUCCCCCUCCUUCUUUAGGUCACCCUGGCUUCGCCGCAGCCAGUUCAAACUCGAACUUGAAUCCAUUUGGACUUGCUACAUCGGCAGUGACAAAUGGCGUGUCAAUGGGCGGGUUUGGCGGCGCUGGUGACGCCGGCAACGGCACUGGGCUUGCUAGCCAUGCAGCACAGAUGGGGUUUGUUCGGGGAGCACAAAUGCAGCAGCAACAGCAGCUGCAUCAGACACAAGAUGGCCGAUUAGUUUUAGAAGGGAAAGCCGGGUCGAUCAAAUCGAGAAUACGCGAUGUCUGGAAGCAUAACCUGGCUCAAGAAAUGGCUACGUUGAGGCAGUUGGUGGACCGAUAUCCGUACAUCAGCAUGGACACCGAGUUUCCAGGUAUCGUUGCACGACCGAUGGGAGCUUUCACCACAAAAGCCGACUACCACUACCAAACUCUCCGCUGUAACGUCGAUCUUCUUAAAAUGAUCCAACUGGGCAUCACGCUAUUCUCAUCAGAGGGCGAACUCCCACCGGCGACUUCACUAGACGCGAAUGGACAAGGGUAUGCAAACAAUUACGGCCCGGCGCCGUGCACAUGGCAAUUUAAUUUCCGGUUUUCCUUAGAAGAGGACAUGUAUGCCCAAGACUCAACAAGCAUGCUGGCCAAGGCUGGGAUCGACUUUUCAAUGCACGAGAAGAACGGCAUUGAUCCUUUUGAAUUCGGUUCGCUACUGAUGAGUUCUGGUCUGGUGUUGCUGGAUGAUGUACAUUGGAUAUCAUUCCAUUCUGGCUACGAUUUUGGCUACCUGAUGAAGAUCAUGCUUUGCAAAGCUUUGCCGGAUGACGAAGAGGAGUUUCACAAGCUUCUGAAUAUCUUCUUCCCAUCGUUAUACGACAUCAAAUACCUCAUGAAACACGCUGGACGGAACCAAGCUGUCAAUGAUUCCCCACUGACACCCGCGGCGCUCCAGAUCAUCAAUAACCUGGGUCAAAAAUCAGGUCUGCAAGAUAUUGCCGACGAGCUUGGUGUCAAACGAGUUGGAAUCGCCCACCAGGCCGGCUCUGAUUCUUUGGUGACGGGUGAGAUUUACUGGAAAAUGCGCCAGGUCGUUUUCAAUGGGGCAAUAGAUGAGAGCAAGUACUCGGGCCAAGUCUGGGGCUUGAAUGGACAGCUACCUGCGAUGGCAUACUAUGGAAAUCAAGCACAACAGACACCAAAUCUGAACGGCGCAACCAUCUAUUCUCAUACAGGAACACCUAGCACCCCGAACAACGCAUCGACCGCAAACACCUCGCAUACGCCUCAACAAAGUCAGCUAGGAGUGGGAUCGUUGGCUUCCGGAGGCGGCGGAGGCGUCUUUGGGGCAUUUCAAAUGGGCAAGUCAUGA